UCUGACUCCGUUUCUUUGUCUCUCUCUCUCUCUCUCUCUCUCUCUCUCUCUCUCUCUCUCUCUCUAACUUCUAUCAAGAAUAUUUCACUAUUUUUGUCUCGUCGUAUUGUGGACAUUAUUGACGGACAGUUCUGAGAUCUUCCAUAUCAUGAUCUACCGGCUUAGUCGCUUCCUUCCUGGCCUUCUGGUGCGUCUUCUUGUUGCAGUGGGUCUGACGGGUACUUACAGACACGUGUAUGAUGCCUCCGAGAAGCUCUUUUUGCAGUACGACUUCAUUGUUGUGGGUAGCGGCUCGGCGGGAGGAGUGGUGGCGGCGAGGCUGGCUGAGGUGGCAGACUGGAGGGUUCUGCUGCUUGAGGCUGGAGGUCCUCCGCCGCCGGAGAGUGUUGUCCCUGGCCUCAACGUGGUCUUGUUGCAAAGUGACGCAGAUUGGAACUACUUCACGGUGCGGCAGAAGCAUUCCCUCAAAUCCUAUGUUGGUGAGUCGUGUCACUUCCCUGUCGGCAAGUCCCUGGGUGGCUCCUCCACCAUCAACUGGAUGAUGUAUGUGCGCGGCAACAGGCGGGACUUUGACAACUGGGAGGAAAUGGGUAAUCCGGGCUGGGGUUACGAUCAUGUCCUUAAAUACUUCAAGAAGUCUGAAGACUACCGGGGUCCCGUUCGACGACCCGAGACAGACUUCUACCGCGGCUUCGGGGGCCCUGCCAGCGUUGAGAACAAGCGCUGGGGAACACCACUCAUGCACGCCAUUCUCAAAGCCGGCAAACAGCUGGGUUACGAUGUUGUGGAUCCGAAUGGACCGGAACAGAUAGGCUUCUCCAUACCCGACAUGACUACGAGGAACGGGAGGAGAGGAUCUUCAGCGGAGUCCUACAUCCGUCCUGCAGUCCUGCAGGGACACAACAACCUACACGUAGUGAUGAAUGCCUUGGUCACAGAGGUGCUUUUCGACGACCGGAAACGAGCUAUUGGGGUCAAAUUUGAGAAGAACGGAAAGACGCGAACAGUAAUGGCACAGCGUGAGGUUAUAGUGUCUGCAGGGGCUGUAGGUUCCCCGAAGCUGCUAAUGCUUUCCGGUGUGGGGCCCGAGAAGCAUCUGAGGCACCAUAAGAUCCCCGUGAUUGUCAACUUAAAUGGUGUUGGAGAAAACUUCCACGACCAUCCCUCCGUGUUUGGCAUGACCUGGACUGUCAAAAGGGGAUCAGACUCCGUGUUUCGCAUUUUACGUCCCGAGGCACUCAGGAAAUAUUCAUUUGAUCAUACGGGGCCACUCAGCUGCCCGUUAGGUGUUGAGGUGAACGCUUGGGGUGUUUCCGAGGAAGGGGACCCGUACUGGCCUGAGUUGCAGUACCUCUUCGUGUCUGGAACUCCAGUUUUUGACUACGGCCUCUUCAUCACAGAUGGCAUUGGCUUCACGAGAGAGCUGUUCAGUAAAUAUUACAAGUCAUUGAUUGGCCUUGAGGGGUUCACGGUAGGCCCGAUGCUGACCCGUCCAAAGAGCCGCGGAACAGUCAAGCUUAAGUCACGUGACCCCAGAGACCCGCCCCUUAUUGACCCUAACUACUUGAGUCACCCUGAUGAUGUCACCACGCUCGUACGAGGCAUUAAGUUUGCCAUAGCUGUAGGCAACACACCUGCACUACGGGAGGAACUCGGUGCUAGAUUCCACAACCAGCCACUGCCGGGAUGUGAACGGGAGGUACCCGAGUCAAAUUCUUACUGGGCGUGUUACGUGCGCCACAUGGUCAAGACAACGUGGCAUCCGGCCGGCUCAUGUAAGAUGGGCCCGGCCUCUGACCCCUACAGCGUCGUGGAUCACACCCUCAAAGUGCGAGGGGUUCAGGGAUUGCGGGUGGUGGACGCCUCCAUAAUGCCCUUGGUCACCUCCGGUAACACCAACGCGCCUACGCUCAUGAUAGGUGAGAAGGCCGCUGACAUGAUCAAAUUGGACUGGGGCGUCAUUCCGGGGUAGCGGAGUUCUUCUUGUGUUUUCUCCUGCCGUACAGCUGUUUCAGAUCUUACCUUCUUGCCCUAAUGGUCUUGGCCAGAGUAAUACAGGUUUAAAAAAAAAAAAAAAAACAUCCAAGCAGGGACUUUGUGUAAAAAAUACCCUUCUGAACAGGAAAAUACUAAAUACUAUAACAUGCAUCUCUACGCAAGAUGAAAGUGGAAUUUUACAUUUGAAAUUCAUUUAAUAAGGGAGAGCGGAGGGGUACUGAGAUACUUAUCUUAAGUGGGUUAUGUUCGAAGAUGAGAGGUCCUGUGACUAUGGAGGAAGGUAAGGGGAAGAAACAUUUCCAUCUUGACAAUCUGAGUGAAUGACGGAAGUCUUAAAUAUGACUCAUCACUUGUGGGCUAACCUUUGUUGCACUUUGCCAUCACAAUUUCGUUAUUUUGUUAUUUAUCUAUUAUAUACUGAUUAUUUCAUUAUUGUGUUAAAUAAUUAGACUUUUGCCUCCUACAACAUCAGUAUCCUUUAUAUCUGGUUGAUGUCAAUACACGGACUGUGUAUUGAAGGGAAAUCACUCAAUGCAGAAACUAUGAUGAAAAAAAAAUAACAAUCGACGCAAUUAAUAUGUAUUAGACAAUCGGUUCUUGGUUGUGACCGUAAAUAGUAUAGUCAACAUUAUCAGCUUUCACUUUUUUUCUCCACUGUUAUUGUUAAUUUUUGAGGCCGUCAACGUAAAUUUGUUGUUGCAUUUACUUGUUUUCAAUUAUUUUUUUUUCUUCAGCUAUAGCUAAUUUAUAUAACAUAUUGUUGAGAGGCAUAACAUUCAGCCCAAAUAAAGUCAGAUACGAGAAGGGAAGAUCUGACUAUGUCUUACCUUUGGUAGGCGACAAAAAGAGUGUCCGCUACUCACCGCUCCCAUAAUAGACAAAAGUAAAGAGUAGCAAAAAGAGAGGUGAAUUUCGGGUGGAGAGGUGUCUUGAUACACUCUUCUUGAAAGAAGUCAAGUCAUAGGCAGGAGGAAAUGCAGACGAAGAAAGGCUGUUCCAGAGUUUACCAGUGUAAGGGAUGAAAGAGUGAAGAUGCUGGUUAACUCUUGCAUAAGAGGUUUGGACAGAAGAGCAGUCAGCAUGAAAAUAUCGAUAGAAGAUAGAAAGCGAGGCAACAUGGCGGCGGAAUUUAAGACGUAGAAGACUGUCAGUAUGAGGAGGGGAAUUGAUAAGACAAAGAGCCUUUGACUCCACUUUGUCCAAGAGAGCUGUGUGAGUGGAGCCCCCCCACACAUGUGAUGCAUACUCCAUACGAUGGCGGACAAGGCCCAUGUAUAUGAACAGCAUAUGUGCGGAGGAGAAAAACGGGCGGAGACGAUACAGAACGCCCAAACUCGAGGAAGCUGAUCUAGUCAGAGAGGAUAUAAUGGAGUUUCCAGUUGAAAUUUUGAGUUAAGGAUAGACCGAGGAUGCUUAGUGUAGGAGAAUGUGACAGCUGAGUGUCGUCGAAGAAUAGGGGAUAGGUGUUUGGAAGAUUGUGUCGAGUUGAUAGUUGAAGAAAUUGAAUUUUUGAGGCGUUGAAGGACACCAGGUUCUUCUUGCCCCAAUCGGACAUAACAGUAAGAUAUGAGGUUAUGCAUUAUGCAGCCUCAAGCCAGGAAUCGUCUAGUUCCUGUUGAGUUGGCCUUCUAUCAAAAGAAGUUGAAAAAUGCAGAGUAGUGUCAUCGGCGUAAGAAUGGAUAGGACAGUCCGUUUUGGAAAGAAGAUCAUCAAUGAAGAACAGAAAGAGAGUGGGAGAUAGAACAGAGAGCCCUGAGGAACACCACUGUUGAUAGAUUUAAGGGAAGAACAGUGACCGUCUACUACAGCAGUGAUAGAUCGGUCAGAGAGGAAACUGGAGAUAAAGGUACAGACUAUAAACCGUAGGAGGCUAGUUUGGAAGGCAAAGAUUUGUGCCACCUAGACCCUAUCAAAUAUAUGUCUAGCGCAACUGAGAAAGUUUCACCGAUCGCCAGUAGAACGCCACUUGCGGAACCCAUACUGGCGAACAGAUAGAAGGUCAGAAGUGGAAAGGUGCUUUUGAAUCUUCCGGUUAAGGAUUGACUCAAAAGCUUUAGAUAGACAGGAAAACAAUGUAAUCUCGGUUUGCACAGACAAUUCAAAUCCAGACUCAGAUGCGUCUUUAAGGAACUUAAUACCGCUGAGUUGCGAGCCCUAUUCAUAUCAAAAGCCUGGUGGAUCGCUUAAGGGACAAUACCACAUAGAUAUAAUCUCUGCUUGCGAAAUCCCGAACAUUGUUUUCAUAAACAUUUUUUUUCUUUACAAUAAGGAAUAGUUAAGUACAUUAACUAUGUUUAGAAGGCAAUGAUGUUAGUAAACACUGUAAAAUAUGACUCAUCUGACACAUUUGACUUAUUGUACGUAUAACUGAUUGAUAAUAUUGUCAGGGCGCCGAAGCUCAGGCCAUUAUUGAUAUGUCCACCUCCACUAAGGGAUGAUUGCGGAUAUAUGGCGCGGACAAACGGUGUGUGUGUGUGUGUGUGUGUGAGAGAGAGAGAGAGAGAGAGAGAGAGAGUACUUAGCUGAAAUAAUAUGUACAACUUCACAUAUGACAUGAAACUACUGACCGUGAAAGCAGAUGCACUUAUAGCAGCCUCAGGAGUAUCAAAUGAUGACUCGCUGUCACCUCGCUCAAAGAGUACAUGCCAAUAUUCAUUACUCCAGUCUUACCAACAAUGUUUGAGUGACUACUUGCUAAACAUCUUUCCCGUUUCUUAAAAUUUGAUAACUUGUCACCAAAUCAAUACCAUAUUUGGUUUUAGAAGACUAUGUGUACCUAUCCUACACUUUUGUCCUUGGUGUAUCAGGUUCAAGCUUCUCGGGAUGUUGGGCCGGCGACUAGAGUUGUUAUGUUGAUUUGUCCUCUCCUCGAUUUAGUUAUCCAUAAAUUACUACUUUUAGAUUUUUCAUCAGCAGGUGUAAUUGGCUCAUUUCACAACAUAUUAUCUGAUUAUAUUUUUAUCAGAUUACUGCCAACGUCUGAUUAUUAAUGGACAUUUUUGUAGAUAUACUCAUGUCCGAUGUUCCUCAGGGAUGCUGUAUCGGUCCGCUUCAAUUUAUGUUCUUUAUUAAAGUGUGGC